CUUGCCUGUUACAUCGGACAGUAGCCUUAGCCUAAGGAUCCAGGAUGAUGGUAUAUAAAGACAACAACCGCCCAGCUCAUAUCAUCCUAACAAGGCAUUCGGAAUUCAACUAUCAGCAUCCAGCAUUACAGCAUCAUCUAUUACUUGGUGCAGUAUAGCAUCACUGCCAUCGCAUAUUGACUCUAAUAUCGCAACCAUUAUCAGAAUCAAUAUUGUUCCAACAGCAUAACAACAGCAUCACAACAGCAUCACAUCAUGUCCAACAUCGCCAUCAUCGGGGCCGGGCUCUCCGGCCUCGCCCUAGCCCUAGCCCUGCACCAACAAUCCAUCCCCUGCACCAUCUACGAAGCCCGCUCCGCUCCCCUCAACAUCGGCGGCGCCAUCAUGCUCUCCCCGAACGCCCUCCGCAUCCUGGACCAUCUCGGCGUCUACACACGCCUUCUCCCAGACGCCUACCUCUUCGACCAUCUCCACUUCCGCACUACCACCGACACCCCCCUGGACACCUACGAAUUCGGCAACACCACCAAAUACAACUACCCGGGAAUGCGCAUCUACCGCCACGUGCUCAUCCGCGAACUCUCCGCCCUAAUCCACGAAGCCGGCAUCCCCAUCCACUACAACAAGAAAUUCCACCACAUCCUCACCGAAUCCCCCACCACCGUCAUCUGGGAAUUCACCGACGGCACCACCGCCAGUGCCACCUGUCUCGUCGGAGCAGACGGCAUCCACUCCACAGUCCGAAAGUACCUCUACCCAGACCUCGAACCACAAUUCACCAAUAUCGUGGGCGUAACUGCCACAAUACCUACAUCCCAACUCAACCUCCCAUCCAUAUAUCCCCUACCAGUCACAAUCCUCAACCCCACGCACGGCGCCUUCAUCAUCGCCCCUCAACUCCCCUCAGGAACCGAACUGUUGAUCGGCCGCCAAAAACACUCCCCGCACCUCACCCGCAAAGAAUGGUCCUCUCUCCUAGAAAACAAGGAAUGGUGUGUGGACUUUCUCCGCGAAGACUCCACCUCAUACCCGGAUCUCGUGCAACGGGCUGUAUCCUCUAUCAACUCUGAUACGAUUAACCUCUGGCCGUUUUAUAUCGUUCCGAGACUGGAGAGUUGGACUUCGGGGUUGGGUAAUGUGGUGGUGCUUGGUGAUGCCGCGCAUGCGAUUCCGCCGUCGGCGGGACAGGGUGUGAAUCAGGCUUUUGAGGAUGGCUUUACGUUUGCUUUGGUUUUGGAGAGGUGUAUUACUACUACUACUGCUACUGAUGUGGGUGGGGGUAUUCCCGGGGGUAGUGGGGAUAGGUUGAAACGAGGGUUAAAGGUUUGGCAAAAGGGGAGGCAGGAGAGGGUGGAUAGGGUGUUGGAUUUGAAUAAGCGGGUUGAUAGGAGGAGGAUGCCUAAGCAGUCUGGUGGUGGUGGUGAUGGUGUGGAUGGGGAGGAGGAACCGUUUGAGUUGGAGUGGUUGUAUAAACCGGAUUUCGGGGAGAUGGUGGAGGGGUGGUUGGCUGGUGAGGGGUUGUAAUGAUAAUUAGUGGGGAUGGUUGUGAAGGAUGGAUUUCGGCGUUGUCUAUUCUUUUCUCAUGACAAUUUAUAGUAUAAAGUUGCUGUAUAGCUGUGGUUAAUAGUAUCAAUAUCCAUCGA